UGGUUUGUAGUUUGAGGAACUGAUCCAGCUGGGUUGGCUUCCUCACCGGGGGAGAGUGAACUAAACCCGGAGCUAACAUGACCAGCAACCCGAGAGAGCACGGGGCUGCGGAGGCAGAAAGUCAGGAGGGCGAGCUGAACUCUCCGGCCCGGGCUUCAGCCAGAUGGGGUCCUCAACACGCAGGCGCUCGGGAGCUCGCAAAUUUAUACUCUCCAGGUAAGAGGUGUCAGGAAUGGAUCAGUGUUAUUCUCUGUUUCACGCUCAUGGCCUUUAAUUUCUUUUACCUCCUCGCCCACUUCCACCUGGGCCACGUCUGGCACAUCCUUCUGGGAAUUGUGGCAGGAAUCCUUACUGCAGACUUUGCCUCUGGGCUGGUCCACUGGGGGGCUGACACGUGGGGGUCUGUGGAUCUGCCCAUCUUUGGAAAGGCAUUCAUCCGUCCAUUUCGGGAACAUCAUAUUGAUCCCACAGCCAUCACACGGCAUGAUUUCAUAGAGACGAACGGUGAUAACUGCAUGCUGACAAUCAUUCCCCUGGCUAAUAUGGCCUACAACUUCCACACUCUGACACCAGUGGAGAUUUAUCAUAUCUUCCCCUGGUACUGCUACCUAUAUUCUUUGGCCAUCUUUGUGACACUGACCAAUCAGAUCCAUAAGUGGUCUCACACCUAUUUUGGGCUGCCACGCUGGGUCACUUUGUUGCAGGACUGCCACAUCAUCCUCCCUCGCAAACACCACAGAGUUCAUCAUGUAGCGCCUCACGAGACCUAUUUCUGCAUUACUACAGGCUGGUUGAACUACCCACUGGAGAAGAUUGGCUUCUGGAGGAAUCUGGAGGACAUCAUCCAGAGCCUGACAGGAGAGAAGCCCAGAUCAGAUGACUUGAAAUGGGCCCAGAAAACCCAGUAAUGUUCCUCUGGUGCCAGCGUCCCUCUCCUACCUCAUACCUCUGCACAGAGGUCCAGCCUCCAUCUCCUCCUCAUUCAGCUCCACAGCACUGACCCAGCCAAUGGGCAUGAUAAGAACUGAAUAAUGCUGAUAAUGCAAAAGCUUCCAGCCCACAGAGAGAAGAAAGGAGGAGAGAAGUGGAGAGUGUGUUUGCAAGCAAUACUUCUCUGCACUUCUCAUCCAGCAACAGCUCUCAAAUCUGUUUUUAUACUCACUGGUUUUCUCCCUUUUUCCUGCACAAAGAAGCCAUUUUACCUCUGUCAUAGGGGAACUAAGCAUCCAAAAAUGCCCUGUUGAAAAACUUGAAACCUGAAGCAAAAUGAAAAAUCCACAUUUUUUAAAUACUUGAACAGUGAGCUGCAGUUCAAACAGAUGCCUUUAAAAAACGACAAAAAAAAACCCUGCUCACAGAUUUUUGCAAACUGACUACUCUGAUUAACUCUAGGACUGCUCGUCUCUCAACAUUUCAGUCUGCAGUGAGGAAACCACCUCUUUCCUGGCCCAUCUCUUUUUACUGACAUCGUGGCUCGUUAUAAUGGAGGGCUGGAACCGGUGUCUUCACCUGUUGCUGAUGUCUGAACAGACAAAGCCGUUGAAUAUGCAGUCUUUCCUCAGUCCGCCUUACUUAUGCAGUACAUGCAGCAGAGACAGUUCACUCUGGACUCUCACACACACACAUUCACACACACACUCCAUAAUUUACACUUUUCACUCCUCAAUUUACACUUUACACUCCACAUGUACUCCAUACAAAAUCUUUGGCUUGUGAAUCAUACAAGCUUUUGUUACAGUAUGUUUCUCCACAUUGUUACACAUUGAUAAUGAAAGUUUUUUUUUUUUUUUUUUUUUUUUUUUUUGCACAACCACUUUCUUUCUCUCCAGUUAAUGUUCUGGCUCUACCUAUGGCUCUACCAAACACAUAAAAACGACCUAUUUGUAAUGGUUACUUGUGUUCUAAACUGAAUUAUCGUUGGGAGUUUUAAGAGCUAAGCAGAUCCUAAAUCUAAUUACAAUUUAGAUGCAUAGGAAAGACUUGUGUAGACUUAUUUAUAUAAUCUUAUUUUUCUUGUCUUAAACGAUCAAUUAAACAUAGUUCAGCAUGGCUGCUUAGUUGGAUGAUACUGUGUCUUUACACAGUCGUUACAUGCCCGUCGCUCGUGUGAGAGACAGAAGGUUUUAGAUCAGUUUCAGCAUGUUAAGCUGCCCUCAAGAAUAUUAUAACACUUCCAACAGCUAGUUAUAAAGCCAUUUAUAAUGGCUCUCUAACUGGAGAAUGUGUACAAAUUGACCAAAAGAAUAUUAAUCAUUAUCAUAUUGUAGUUUUUGAAUAACGUCAAUAUCAAGCAACGCUUAACACUGAGUUACUAACCUAGUCACUCGCCUUAUUCCACUGGUUUGUUCUCAGUAUGUAUUGAGACUGUAAGCUAUGUGUAUAUUCUCUGCACAAAAUUAUGUUUUGUAAUAGUUUACUACUUGCCAUGAACAGACUACCCAGCUUUGCUUGAUUUAGGGAAAAAAUAGGAUAAAUAUAGUUGUUUUUUUCUGGAGAAGUAUAUAUAUGAAUUAGCUAGUGCUGGUCAGAAUUCCUCCUUACAACCACGCUCUUUAAGAUUAUUACUUGAAAUUAUAUGAAUUUAUAAUGAUAUAAUGAGUGAUGUGUCUAGAAGGAAUAGCUUUCUUGUAUAAACAAGGUAUUAUAUUAAAAAAAUUACGAACGCUUGAUUUUUUUUUUUUUGUCCAAAGGUGUUUUAUUUGAGCCAUUUUUUAAUUUUUAGUCUUUGUCAGCUCUUGAUUUUGUCCUCCUGUACUUUAACAAAUUGUGAUUAAUUGAGUGUAGUCCUCCGUUUAGACCUUUUCCAAUCUGUCCGUGAGAGUCAAAUAUUAAACUUUGUCUGGUCAAAUGGAAAAAAAAAUCUAACAAACAAAUGUGUAAUAUGGUAAUAGGGUGCUUCCUAUGUAUGAAAUGUUCAAUCAUAUGCCAGUAUGCCAAAUUUUUAAAGCUCUAGUCUUUGAAUAAUCUUUUUUUUUUUUUUUUUGUUAUGGGGCAGUAUACAGAAGUAUUUAAUUAGUACUGUUGGAUAUGUGAUGGGUCAACACUUUAAAAGGUCAUUAAGUAUAAAGGUGUCAAAUUAUAUGGAGCAUAAGAACAACUGCCAGGAUGUUUUUUUUUUUUAUUUUCAAAAAUGAUUUGUGAAAUGUGCACAUUUUCAGACAUUUUUUUUACAUUGUUUUUCUGUAGUAUUUUUUUCAAGUAUGGGUUUGUAAAUUAAACUUUAAGUGUGGUGUUUUCAUCAUUUGAUACUGAUUUGAGAUUAUUUAACUUGAUUGGCAUGUUGUAGUGUGUUUAGACUGGUGUUAUUUUAAGCCAUGGAAAACUGAAAGGGGUAAAUGCACAAUUUUUCUCAGUAAAGCACUUCUAGCUACGGCAGUAGAAAGGAAUAUUCGCACAGAAAUUCCGUGAACUGGAGCUGUGUUUUUAUUUUGUGAAUAAUCUAGUCAUACAUUCAUGUUGGAUCCCAUGUAAAAAUCCAUAUGAAUUUGAUAAUCUUUGGGUCAUAAUCUCCCAAUAGGUCAACAGUAUGAAAAUGUAGAAAAAACUGUUUAAAUGCCUUGGUUGGAACAGUCUGUCAGUAGUAAUGGUGUGUAAGUGACUUGUGACUGUGCGUGUUACAGUCUUUGAGGUUCCAUGUUACGACUGUAUAGCUGUUGCAUUGGAUUUAUAACCUGCAGGAAUUUUAUUAACUUGCCCAUGAAGUGUCAAAACGUUUGCCUGUUGUUGUCUGAAGUUAUUAUUAUGUUAAUAUUAUUAUUGAGGUGUACUAAACUGGCUACUUUUAUCACUUUAGGUAUGUUGGACGAUCUUAUGAUGGUGCUCAGACAAACACUAAAACGAACAAAAGCAAAAUUUUAAUGUCAGUGUCCAUUUAUUCACUUUCACAAGCAUAGGGGUAAAAAUAAUUGGAUGUCAUUAUUAUUAUUAUUAUUAUUAUUAUUUUUAAUUUUAUUUGAUUGUACAUGUCCUGUCUUGAUGUAUUUGGCUUGAAGAUUAUGUAACAGAAGGCAGCAGUUCAAAGUAGGUAACUAGUAUGUCUGUAGCACUUUCGUAUUUGAUGUCACACGCCUCAAGGUCUCAGAUUAGUUAACACGAUUCAAGUUUUGUUCUGCGACAGUUUCAUGUGGAUUUGGUUGAAGUGGGUUUUGUGACGGUCAACUUAAAUAUCAAAAAUAAUGCCUUGAUGCCUUUCUGUUGUCUCCCAAUAGGAAGACUUUAAUGUUACAUGUAUAUAUUAUAUUUAUAAUGAAAUUAAUAAACUAUCAGAUAUAA